AUGUUCAUGCAUUUGGAGGUCUUUUACUGUAUCUUAAUUUUGAUGUCUCACAUGACAACGUCUUGCUGCAGCUGGUCAGUGAAUAAUUUCCUUAUGACUGGACCUAAGGUGUACCUGAUUUACUCCAGCAGCGUAGCGGCCGGGGCUCAGAGCGGCAUCGAGGAGUGUAAGUAUCAGUUUGCCUGGGACCGAUGGAACUGCCCUGAGAGAGCCCUGCAGCUGUCCACACACAGAAGCCUCCGCAGCGCGAACAGGGAGACAGCAUUUGUCCAUGCCAUCAGUUCAGCAGGGGUCAUGUACACUCUGACGAGGAACUGCAGUCUGGGGGACUUUGACAACUGUGCCUGUGAUGACACCAGGAACGGACAAAGGGGGGGUACAGGCUGGCAGUGGGGGGGCUGCAGUGACAACGUGGGGUUUGGUGAGGCCAUCUCCAAGCAGUUUGUUGACACGCUGGAGACAGGCCAGGAUGCACGGGCCGCCAUGAACCUCCACAACAACGAGGCUGGACGCAAGGCAGUGAAAGGGACUAUGCACAAGACGUGUAAGUGCCAUGGCGUCUCUGGGUCCUGCGCCACACAGACCUGCUGGUUACAGCUCACAGAUUUCAGGGAAGUGGGAAACUAUCUGAAGGAGAAGUACCACCGAGCACUGAAGGUGGACCUGCUCCGGGGGGCCGGGAACAGUGCAGCCAGUCGAAGUGCCAUUGCUGAGACCUUCAGCUCCAUCUCUCGUAAAGAACUGGUCCACUUAGAGGACUCCCCAGACUACUGCCUGGAGAACCGUACCCUGGGCCUGCCCGGCACAGAGGGCAGAGAGUGCCUGAAGAAGGGCAAGAGCCUAAAUAAGUGGGAGAAGCGUAGCUGCAAGAGGCUGUGCGGGCAGUGUGGUUUAGCUGUGGAGGAGAGGAAGGCGGAGCUGGUGUCGAGUUGCAAUUGCAAGUUCCACUGGUGCUGCGCGGUAAAAUGCGAGCAGUGCCGCAAGACAGUGACCAAGUACUUCUGCGUGAAGAAUGGGGGGCAGAGGGGGAAGAACGAGAGCGGCGGCAGCCGUAGGAAGAACCUGAGGCUGAAGAAGAAGCACUGAGCGGCAUCCAUCUUCCUCACCAUCAUCAUCAUCAUCACUGCCACACGCCAUGCCUUCUCACAAGCUGAUUUUCACAGACCUCUGUGCACCGAAACUGUGCCCCUCUCAA